GGCGUUCCCAUACCCGUCUCUCGCGACUCGCCUCGGCUCGGCUCGGCUCCCGCGGCUCGCCCGCCCGCCACCGACGACCGAAUAAUAAGGCGCGGGGAUCGGGCGAGGACCACGGAGCGAGCGAGCCAUGGGCGUCCACGCGGCGCCCUCCCCCUUUCCACCCUUCCCCUUUCCCCGCCGGGAAGAGGACCACCACCACCACCACGACGUCCUCGCCGGCGACCGCUGGGGCGCCCACCGCUGGGGCGCCAUGCCCAUGUCGCCCACGCCGCCGCCCAUGUCCUCCUGCGGCCGAUACAUCCUGCACCGCGUCUGCCGCUUCGACACGCUCGCCGGCGUCGCCAUCAAGUACGGCGUCGAGGUGGCCGACGUGAAGCGGGUGAACGGCCUCACCGCCGACCUGCAGAUGUUCGCGCACAAGACGCUGCGGAUCCCGCUCCCCGGCCGCCACCCGCCCGCCCAACAUUCGCCUCCCUCCUCGUCACCGGCCGCCGCCGCCAGGGAAUGGACUACGCGCCGGCCACCCAAAAAUGCCGCCUUGGACUCGUUCAUGAAACCGCCGCGUGGCACGGUUUCGCCGUCCAUGAGCCUGCUGCAGGGGUACUACGGCCUCGCGCCACCUCCCAAGCGGGACCUGGCAGAUGAAACCGUCGAAAUGGUGGCGACGGCUGUCAAAGGCCAGCACAGGAAAGCCAGGAGCAUAUCGACCGGCUUCACUGUGGAAAACGGGGAUGCGAGCUGGGAGAUCGAUGACGCCGAGAAGCAGAUAAGGCGGCGCCAGAAGGCCGAUAUUGAGCUGACAGCGAUGAGGGAGGACAACAAUGGCGGUGCCCUGCUGCCGAGGAACGGGGAAGGCUUGGCGCUCAGACCAAAGUCGGGAAGCCGACCCGACAUGAACAACAGCCAGCAGGACCUCGUAGCGGCCGGGCUGGUGCCUUCGUAUGGCGAUGGCCUGCUCGCCGUCAGGAAAUCCUCGAGCACCCCGGAGUUCCAGGACUCGGACAGCAACAUCGCUUCGGUGUGGCUGAGGAGCAAGUGGAACCUGAAACCAGACGCAUUCGCUCUGCCGCUCCAGAUCCUGCUCCUGGACAGCCUCCCGAAGCCGCUCUUCGACAGCCUUCCCAAGCCCAUCGCUGCGUGGAGAAACAAGGCAGCCCGGGAUUAACAAAUCCAAGGUUCUUCACAGCCCAUCUGUACAACGCCUUAUAAUUUAUCGGCCGGUGUUCGCCGGUGAUUCUAGUCCUGGUGCAAAAAGGGUCCGAGGCCGAGGAGCGAGUGGCUCGUUUACAUGGUCCGGUGUGGACAGCGGGCAUUGUCGCAACCGAGAGGUGUGGUUUCUUCUUCUUCUUCCAUAAACUGCAGAGAUGAUGCCCAAAGACAGAGUUGAAUACAGUGAGUACAUUAGCUCUACAUAUACAUAGUGCACUGAACCUGCUGCCGGCGGGAGCAGUUUGUUUCCUUUUUAUGAGUUGUUUGAGAGGAUAUAUUUCUUUGUCUUUUGUACGCGACGCAGAACUGCAGAUAGACAACAUAUAUAGGAGCAAAGGGAAACGAGAGGCAGUAUGUUGUACGUACACUAAUGAAGGAAUGAACUUUGUUAGUGCUUGUGUGUUACUCUUAGUCGUGGAUUUGUCAUCUCAACUCUGUUCUUGAGCAUAUUAUUACCUGUAAAAUAGUGCAGAAUUGACUCUGUUCUCGAGCA